AUGAUCGAACCCACCACCGAGAUCGCGCAUACGAAGCGCGCUUCGCCUGUCGCAUCCAUGGCGCCCAGGCUUGCUCACUCACAAAAGUUAAAGACCAUUGACACGAGCCGGAGGAAGAAGCUUGUCCAAUGGCUCUUUGACAACCAGACAAACCUUGCCUUCCAUACAACUGCCCCUCUACUCCUCACACACACCUGCAUCCCCGCGGCACGUCCGUAUACAUCCAAGUUCAUCAAACUCUCAUACUACAACACGUUAACCGGCAAGUAUGGCGCCGGCCACGACGACCUCUACUUUGUCGCAUUCUGCGUGGUUCUCCUCAUUGGCAUCCGAGCCGCGCUGAUGCGCCACGUUCUUGAGCCCCUCGGCCGGCAUUGGGGCAUAUCGAAGAAGAAGGAUGUCGCGAGGUUCUCAGAACAGGGCUCGAUGCUCACGUACUACAGUGUCCUAUGGCCAGUGGGAAUGUACCUCUAUUGCAAGGCGCCAUACUACCUUAACAUGAAGGAGCUGUGGAACAAUUGGCCCCAGCGAGAGCUCGGCGGGUUGAUGAAGGGAUAUAUCAUGGUACAAUGGGCAUACUGGGUCCAGCAGGUCAUCUCAGUGAAUAUUGAGGCUCGGCGCAAGGACUACUGGGAGAUGAUUGUGCACCAUGCCAUCACCAUCUCCCUCAUUGCCGCAUGCUACGCGUAUCACCAAACCCGCGUUGGUCAUCUCAUCUUGGUCUUGAUGGACGUCAUUGAGUUGAUCUUCCCUCUGGCCAAGUGCCUCAAAUACAUCGGUUUCACAACCCUCUGCGACGUUAUCUUUGGCGUCUUCCUCUUGGUCUGGGUCUGGACGCGUCACGUAUUCUACCUCAUGACCUGUUGGAGCGUCUACUAUGAUCUGCCCCGAUCUCUUAAAGAGCCAUGCUUUCGAGGCGCUCCGGGCAACAUUGAAGGCCCUUUUUCGGCACCUAAAGAGGGGUGGUCCCACCUUCUCGAACCGUUCAAGGACCCCGCGGGCACGGUAUGCUUCACCGACGGCAUUCGAUACGGCUUCUUGACUUUUCUCCUUGCACUUGAGCUUGUCAUCUGCGCGUGGUCAUUCUUCAUUAUUCGUGUCUCAGUGAGAGUGCUCAAGGGGGCUCCCGCCGAGGAUGUUAGGAGCGAUGUUGAUGACGAGGAAGAGGAGGAGGAGAAGAUCGAGUAUGAGGAGAUCGAGGCCAUUGAGGAGGAUGUUGGCGUAGAGUCUAUUGACCUAAAGGCUUGGGACAGGUCGCCUUCCCGGAAGGAGUCUUCGAGCUCCAGGGUGAGUGGCGUUAGGACGCACAGCGGCCGGAAGGAGUUGCUCAAUAGAAUCGGGUGCGAGAAACAGAUUGAUUGA